AGUGCGAAAAUGAAAGUAUAAAUAUGACUGCGCUUUGGAAAGCUUUUUGUCUUUUCAUCUGUUUAACACUAACAAGACUGGAUUCUGGAAUUUGUGUCAUCUAUGUUGAGAGCGGGAAGAGUGGGAAUUUAAAUCCAAAUAUACAAGGAAAACCUGAAGACAUUUUGUGGACAUUCAAUGGAAAUAAGGCAGCUGAACAUGAUUUGUCUGAACUUUAUGAGUAUGGUCAAUUCAAAGAAAGAACAACGAUUAACUUCUCUACGGGACAUCUCACAGUUCGUCAAAUGACCCACAGUGACAGUGGUGUUUACAAGUCUACAAUACAGAUCAAAGGAAUCCUGCAUUUGUCUGCACAUGAUGUUCAAGUAAUUGAUGCUGUUCCAGAGCCUUCAGUGACCUGUAAAGUGAAUCACACUACAGAAUUAAAAUCAUUGUUUUGUUCAGUGGAUUCUCAGUUUCCAGCAGCCUAUGAAUGGAUUGGGUCAAAUGCAGCACAUCAGCCUGGACAAGAGCUUUAUAUCAGCAAAGAGGAGAACCCUGACACAGUUUAUACCUGCACUGUGAAAAAUCAAGUGAGCCAGAAGAGUAACAGCUUAUCUCUGAAAGAAUGCAACACAGACGGAUCACAAUUAGCUCUGAAAAACAAUUUGCUAAUAAUCAUCGUUGUCGUCGUCGUCGUCGUCGUCGUCGUCUUCGUCUUCAUUAUUGGGAUCAUCAUUUAUUCAAUUAAAAAAAAGAAGAAGAGGUCUGCAGAACAAGGUGAAGAAAGCAUGGAACAUAUGGAACUUUUACAAGAUGGACCAUCUCUUUAUGUUAACCAGAGCAAAAAUCAUGAUGUAGAGCAAAACAGCAAGAAGGAAAAAAGUGAAUAUGAAGAUGAAUCUGUACACAAACAUGAAGGAGCACAGAGGGUGAAUGAAGAUAAACAAAGUGAAUCAGACAAAAACGCUAAAUGUUCUGAAGAUAAUGAAGAGAGCAUAUCUGAUGUUAACCAGAGCAAAAAUCAUGAUGUAGAGCAAAACAGCAAGAAGGAAAAAAGUGAAUAUGAAGAUGAAUCUGUACACAAACAUGAAGGAGCACAGAGGGUGAAUGAAGAUAAACAAAGUGAAUCAGACAAAAACGCUAAAUGUUCUGAAGAUAAUGAAGAGAGCAUAUCUGAUGUUAACCAGAGCAAAAAUCAUGAUGUAGAGCAAAACAGCAAGAAGGAAAAAAGUGAAUAUGAAGAUGAAUCUGUACACAAACAUGAAGGAGCACAGAGGGUGAAUGAAGAUAAACAAAGUGAAUCAGACAAAAACGCUAAAUGUUCUGAAGAUAAUGAAGAGAGCAUAUCUGAUGUUAACCAGAGCAAAAAUCAUGAUGUAGAGCAAAACAGCAAGAAGGAAAAAAGUGAAUAUGAAGAUGAAUCUGUACACAAACAUGAAGGAGCACAGAGGGUGAAUGAAGAUAAACAAAGUGAAUCAGACAAAAACGCUAAAUGUUCUGAAGAUAAUGAAGAGAGCAUAUCUGAUGUUAACCAGAGCAAAAGUCAUGAUGUAGAGCAAAACAGCAAGAAGGAAAAAAGUGAAUAUGAAGAUGAAUCUGUACACAAACAUGAAGGAGCACAGAGGGUGAAUGAAGAUAAACAAAGUGAAUCAUACAAAAACGCUAAAUGUUCUGAAGAUAAUGAAGAGAGCAUAUCUGAUGUUAACCAGAGCAAAAGUCAUGAUGUAGAGCAAAACAGCAAGAAGGAAAAAAGUGAAUAUGAAGAUGAAUCUGUACACAAACAUGAAGGAUCAGCGAGGGUGAAUGAAGAUAAACAAAGUGAAUCAGACAAAAAUGCUAAAUGUUCUGAAGAUAAUGAAGAGAGCAUAUCUGAAGAUCUGAAUGUGAAAGAGAAAAAUAUAAUUGACACACCACCAAACCACAAAUAACUGCCAGACAUUCUACAUCAGAGCAGCAAAGUCUCCGCUGUUAAAUGUACACUUUUGGUGUUCAUUUGGGUCUAACCUGCUGGUGUUAAAAACUAACGGUGAAGCGGUGUCGAAUCUACACUCUGUAGUGUUGAAUGUUCAUUUGCCCCAAACGGAUGAUUAAAUAAAGCAGUUAUAAAGAGUGAUGGCACCUGCUGUUAAACAAGAUUCUACUGAAGGAAAGAGGGAGUGACAACAAGAACAGGAAAACAAGAGAACAAACCUGCAAACAGCUGCAACAAUUGAAUCUGUUUUACAGCCACGCUGCCUUAAAUGUACAGCAACUUAAAUAAAAUAUGUUCUUGGGCAAUAAAUUAAAUGUUUUGGUAACACUUUAUUUUAAUGUGUCCUUGUUACACAUAUUACAUUUAUUUACUAUAGUAAUAACAGUCAGUUAUUCGUAAUUACAAGUAACAAACACUAAUCCAAACCCUGACCAUAACCAUAUAUUAAGUGCAUGUUGUUAAUUAGUUAUAAUCAGUAAUUACUUGUGUAAUUACACUGUAACAAGGACACAUUCAAAUAAAGUGUAACCAAUGUUUCAAUAGCUCACAGGAGAAUGCUUGAAAAUGCUCAAAAUACAACAUUUCCAUUUUCUAUUACACUUUUUUUUGUGUGUGCAAAAGAUUGAAUGUUAAAAAGAGAUUUAGCUCUAUUUAGUGUUGCUUAUUUUUUUAUUGAAAUAUUUUUAUUUGAAGUCACCUUUAUGGUAAUUGUUGUUCUCUUUGGUUAGUCACUUGAACCUUGUUCUGAGUUGAAUUAGUUAUCGCAGCCAGUUCAAUAAUGUUUCAAAGAAACAUGUUGAGUUGCACAAUGAUAGAAGUGCAUUAAGUUAUGUGGUGUCAGGUUAUUUUCAUAAUGAGUGCCUCAUAGAAGUGUAAUGCACUAACUGAAUUCAUUGCAAGUUCAGUGUAAAUAAAAUCAAAGCCAAGUUGAUCAUGCAAAUAUGUGCAUUAGACCUUUCUCGUAGACUGUUGUGGUGCGUUUCCGCAUUAUUAUGACUUCGCUUUCUAGCUCAUGGUGCAAGGUUUUUUCUUCCUUUAUUUAGUUCAAUUACAGUACAAUGCAAAAAGUGCAAGGCAAAUAUAAGGCAUUGUGGUACAGUUCAGCGUAUAACAGAAUAACAACAACAAAAACAUAAAAUGAACAUAUAUGUAAAAUAAUAAUAAUUAUAUGAAAAGAAAAAAGAAAAAUUACUGGGAUUAAAAAAAAUGCUAUACAAUAUUAGGGCAGUUAUAUGAAUUUGAAAAGCUUUAACAUGUUUAUUGUUCUGAAAACGUUUUGUUUUGUGAUCUCAUGUUUGAAAGGUUUUAAAGUAUAUUGUGAGAUCAGUAUUACAAAUAUGAGGGUUUCUUUUGAGUUAUUUUUGUUUUAUGAAUAUAAAACUUUGCCAAAAUAAUUAAAAGAUUAAUAAUGUAAUUUUGUUUUUCAGAAAAAUAUGGGUUUUGAAAACAAAAUAAAAUGUCAUUAGGUUAAAAAUUAAGAGUUAUGUUUAGUUUUUUGUCAUGUCUAUUUUAAAGUCAGUCCAAAAAGAAAUAGAAAAAGGGCAAUAAACAAAAGUGUGUUCAAUAUCUUCAAAUGAUGUGUUACAAAAAGUAUAUUUAUCACAAACAGUAUGAAUAUAUCUACUAAUGGCUGUAUUUACAGAACAACAUCUAUAAAUAAUUUGGUAAAUUAUUUAUUUUACAUUAAAUUAGAAAUAAAAUAUGUCUAUGGUAAUUUCCAAAUGUCGUGCCAAGAUAUCCAGUGAGGUUUAAGACAUUUUGAUUUACAUGGAGGAUUGGAUCUGACAUUAAAGGAAUUUCUCAUAAAAUUGUAAUUAAAACGUUUAUCAAAAAACGAGAGACCAUUUACCAAAAGUUGAGGAUUUUGUAAUGUUGUAUUAAUAAUAUCUACAUUUGAGAAUUUGGUUAAGAUUAUUAUACGCUAUUUUGUUAAAAAAAAAUAUAUAUGUGUAUAUAAAAUUGGUGUAUAAUUGGUUUUCAAUAAGCUGGUUUACAAUUAAUAUGUUGUGCCGAACCCAAUUCUUAAUGUACAAUGACUUCUUAUUAUGAAUGAUAUACUAUUGUUCCAUUAUAAAACACCUGCUAGGAGAAAAUUUGUGUUUGUACAAAAGUGACCAGAACAGUAAUACUUGUUUGUGAUAAUUGGCCAAAGCAAACGGAAGUUUACCGGUUAUAUAAGGACAUUGCAACAAAAAUGUUAUCCCCCAAGUUUUUAAAAUAAAUAUGGGACGAUAUCGAGUACUAGGUUGUGUGCUGUGUAAAACUCUUGUCCCACAGUCCAAAAUGGCGGUAGCGUUACCGCUGCGCCAUCUAGCGGCGGUUACCAAAAUAGCACCAGAGCUUCGUCUCUUGUGCUCCCUCUAUAUUAUUUGCUAGUGUGCAAGUAGACGUGAAGACUGCAAGUGUGUGGAUGACUUUUGAUUGCAAGUUGGGACACUCGUAAUCUUAAAGUUGUUAGUGCUGGUUGCGACAGCUGUUUUUGUAUUUUCACUCAGCUGAAGACUGAUAGUUUUUGACCGAUUGUGUGAUUACUUAAAAUAACUGAAGAUUUUACAUAUCUUUUCAUUUAUUAGUUCACUACUGGUUGUUGGAAGUUUAUUGUGCUGUAGAAAUAUGUAAAUACAUUAAAAAUGUUUUUAAAGUGUGAAAAUAAUUGAGAAUUUAUUUUUACUCAUUUUGAUUUUCAAUACGUUACAUAUUAACAUGUUUAACUGUAAAAUUGCGUAAUCCAUAACAGCUCUAAAAUAU